GUUGUUAAAUUCUUGAAUUUUUCUUAUGUGGGGUUCUUUCAAUUGUUCUUGUUUGGCUCUUAAUUUCACUCAAAUGUUGUGAAGAAAAUUGUACUAGUGUUUGGGAUGUGAUCAUUUCAAGAAUGUUGAUCAAGAUUGUAUUUGUGUUGGGAAAAUUUGCAUGGUUGAUAUAAUCUGUUUUCUUUGUAAAAAGGAGAGUGUUAUUUCUCCUUCUUUGGCUUUGAAGUCACCUGUUACUGUGUUGUUGCCUAAAGAUACUGUUGUUGUUAGGCAUGUGCAACCAUCUACAAGGUAAAAAUAUUGAGUUUUUUUGUGUUGUUGUGCAAUUUUUUCAUGUGGAGUUGUUCCACUGUGUCAAGUUCUUGAAAUUUGCUUAGUUUUCUUAUGUGGGGUUCUUUCAAAUCUUGUGAAGAAAAUUGUAUUAGUGUUUGGGAUUGUGACCAUUUCAAGAAUGUUGAUCAAGAUUGUAUCUGUGUUGGGAAAAUUUGCAUGGUUGAUAUAAUAUGUUUUCUUUGUAAAAAAGAGAAUGUUUGUUAUCAUUGUCAAAAAAAAAAAAAAAAAAAAGAGAGAGAGAAUGAUAAUUCUCCAUCUUUGGCUCUGAAAUCACCUGUUACUGUGUUGUUGCCUAAAGAUUCUGUUCUUGUUAGGCAUGUGCAACCAUCUACAAGCUUACUAGAAGCCAUUGAUCUCAUCCUACAAGGAGCUCAAAACCUUGUGGUUCCUAUAGAGACCAGAUUUAGUGGCAGCUCAAGAAGGAAAUUGCUUCAGAAAUCUUCUUCAACAAAGAUUUGUAAUACUCUCCACAAUGGCCGCGAAUUCUGCUGGCUAACUCAAGAAGACGUCAUUAGAUAUUUCCUAAGCUCAAUUGGGCUUUUUUCACCCCUUCCAACAGCUUCAAUCGACGCCCUCGGCAUCAUUAGCACCGAGUUUUUAUCGGUCGGGUAUGACUCCAGUGCAUCGUCCGCCACUGAGGCCAUUUCCCGAUCCCUCGUGGAUCAGACAUCCGUGGCGAUUGUGGAUGAGGAUGGCAUUCUGAUAGGAGAGAUAUCGCCUUUCACGCUCGCUUAUUGCGGUGAGACUGUGGCUGCAGCAAUCACGACCCUCACAGCUGGUGAACUCAUGGCCUACAUUGAUUGUGGGGGCCCACCGGAGGACAUUUUGAGGGUCGUGAAGGAGAGGUUGAAGGAAAGGAAUCUUGAAGGAAUGUUGGAGGAAUUCGAGAUUGAUCCCUCAGAUAUCUCCUCCAACUCAUCGUUAUCCGAUGAAGAGUUGCCUUCCCCGACCUCCUCGAGGUCUUCAUCGGGGGGAAGGUACAAUAAGUCUAGUAGCUAUUCAGCAAGGAUGGUAAGGAGGGCAGAAGCGAUCGUGUGUUAUCGGGGAAGUUCUCUCGUGGCGGUUAUGGUUCAAGCCAUCGCUCAUCGUGUCAACUAUGUGUGGGUGAUUGAAGAGGAUUGUAGUGUUGUGGGCAUUGUGACAUUUGCUAACAUGUUAGAAGUUUUUAGAGAUCAAUUGGAGUCGAUGAUGUUAGGACAUUUUGAUUAAUAGUAGUACUUCUCUUGAGAUAUCAAGAUGAUGAUGAGGCAAUAUGAUCUUGUGAAUAUGAGAAUGUACCUCUCUUUUUUACUUUUUUUUUUCUUUUUCUUCUUUUUGAACUUUGUGUAACCUGUGACUUUGUAAAAUCAUGGUACUAUUUUGUUACUUUCAGUAUCAAUCUCCUGUUUUAGGAAAUAUAAAAGUA